AUGAUCUCCGUCCACCAUAAGCACAAGCCUGUGGACGGCGAGCUCAUACUCGCUCGGCCAGAACCAGCUAGACUAUUUUUAUAUAUUUCAAUUCAAAAUACCAAAUUACAAAAUAGCCUAAUUGCACCGAGCGUAGCUCAAAGAGCCAUCAGACCACCACAGAUAAGGCCCAGUAGGGCUGAUGCUGAUACGAAGCUGCGGAUGGCUAAACGGGUUGCCGGGGCUCCGGCUCGAAGUGCAAGAGUAGGAAUGGGGUGGUUUUUAGUCAGUCACAAGCAAAAACUGAAUAUCUGUACCUUGGAAAUUGAUGAGGGUGACUGCGGAGGAGACAGUAUGAGCGAAGAACCAGAAAAUUCAACUAUUUACUACGGUUUCAACAACCAAACGAUGAAAUGUGAAGAAUUCAUCUAUGAAGGCUGCGGAGGGAAUGACAACAGGUUCGAUUCCAUAAACGAAUGCUGGCGUAUGUGUUAUACGCCGCUGAAAUACUUCUUGGCAAGAGUCACUGAUUACCUGAUGCACCAGUAUAAUGUGCAUCCACCCGAAACGAGUACAUCUUCAUCUAAUUCUGAACAAAAAGACUGA